AUGGAAAGUUUCACCGAGCAUGAGAAGAGAGCUGACUUGAAGCAACUCAAGACGAACCUGGUCAACACCAUCUGCGCCUCCAUGAUCGCCGAGCCGCGCUUCGACAAGGAAGACGACACUGGCGCUCAGACCGUGGUCAAUCUCGUCGAGCAGAUCGUGCAGGUCGAUCCCGAAUUCCUGCUCAAGCUCGCCGUCUACGUGAGGAAUGAUCUCAACAUCCGCUCGACCGCCAACUUCUUGGUCGCGCUCGCCGCUAACUACAAGGAGUCGGCCCCCUUCCUCAAGAAGUACUUCAAGCACGUCAUCAACUUGCCCUCCGACUGGCUCGACGUCGCCGCGCUCUACCAGAUGCUGCCCAACCGCGCCCUCACCGGCCGCGCCCUCCCCACCGCCCUCCGUAAGGCCAUGCUCUUCAAGUUCCCCGACUUUGACACCUACCAGCUCGGCAAGUACAACAAGCAGGGCAAGCUGAAGCGCAGCAAGCAAAAGGCCAAGAAGGCCGGCGCCAAGGGAGCGCCGCCGCCCAAGCCCGAUGCCGGCGGCAAGUCCACGCUGACGCUCAAGCAGAUGGUGCGCCAGCUGCACAUCGACGCGCCCGUCUACCACGUCAUGUGCCUCCUGGGCAAGAAGUACCCGGCCAACGAGACCGACUUCCGCCGCUCGGGCCUGCCGGGCGUGUUCGAGCCCGCCAAGGCCGGCAGCCGCCUGAAGCUGCCGGUGCCCGAGACCUGGGAGACGCUGCUGUCGGCCAAGGGCAACAAGGCCGAGACGUGGGAGGAGCUGAUCGACCACAAGAAGCUGCCCUUCAUGGCCAUGCUGCGCAACCUGCGCAACCUCAUUCUGACCGGCGUCGACUACAAGUACCACCGCUGGGCCAUGAACAAGCUCAACAACGAGGAGACCAUCGCGCGCAGCAAGCAGUUCCCGUUCCGCUUCUUCUCGGCCUACGAGGCCAUCGCGGUCGACAUCGAGAAGCUGCGGCAGGAGAUCAAGGAGGCCAAGGCCUCGGGCGUCAAGGCCGGCCAGAAGGCGGCGCCCGCCAAAGGGAAGGGCGCCAAGGGCAAGAAGGGCGCGACGGCCAAGCCCGGCGAGAAGGGCGAACGCCCGAAGAAGGUGAUCGUGCCCAAGAACAUGCCCGACGAGGGCCUGAUCCGCAAGUACCGCGAGGCGCUCGACAACGCGGUCAAGUUCGCCACGGUGCACAACGUGAAGCCCAUCCGCGGCAACACGGUGGUGUUCUGCUCGAUCGCCGAGUCGAUGAAGGGCGGCUGCAAGAGCGCCCGGGGCAUGGGCAGCGUGCGCACCCUGCUCGACGUGGGCGUGCUCCUGGGCCUCAUGUGCAAGUACAUGUGCGAGGAGUGCGACUUCCGCAUCGUCGGCGCGCCCGGCUCGCACACGCAGAGCCACCUGGGCGUCGAGCUGCGCGAGGGCACGGUGCUCGACAACAUGGCGACGGUCCUCGAACGCGCCGCGUCGGGCGAGCUGGCCGACCACAGCUUCCAGUUCCCGUUCGACUACCUCGAGGAGGCCAUCCGCGAGCGCAAGGUGAUCGACAACCUGAUCGUGCUCAACGACACCAUGCUCUACCCCGAACACGACGCCCAGCUGGCCGGCAUCCUCAAGAAGUACCGGCAGGAGGUCAACCCGGAGCUCAUGUUCGUGUCGGUCAACCUGGGCUCGGCGGGCAAGUCGAUGGAGGCCUCGGGCGACCGCCACCCCAACGACGUGCUCAUAUCGGGCUUCUCGGACGCCAUUCUGCGCUACAUCGCCGAGCGCGGCGACAGCAACCAGCUGCACUACAUCGAUCACAUCGACAAGGAGAAGGGCAUCGAGACGCCGGCGGUCAAGCCGCGCGAGCUCAAGCGCGGCUUCGGCUACACGUCGUCGACCUACUCGAACCCGUUCCGCUCGCGCGCCGUGCGCAAGCCCUUCACGCUGAGCGGCCGCAAGAGCUUCCUGUUCGACGAUGAUGACGAGGCCAACGACGCCCAGGCCAAGGCCGCCAAGGAGGAAGAGGCCCGCCGCAAGCAGGCCGAGGAGGAGGCCGAGGAGCGCGAGGUCGACGAGCGCGAGAAGCGGCGCGUCGAGGAGCAGGUCGAGAAGGUGCGCAGCGGCAAGUGGCGCGCCGUGCGCGUGUUCGUGUCGUCCACCUUCCGCGACAUGCACGGCGAGCGCGACUACCUCGUCCGCUACGUGUUCCCCGAGCUGCGCGAGCGCUGCCGCAAGCGCCGCCUCCACUUCUACGACGUCGAUCUCCGUUGGGGCGUCACGCAGGAGGAGGCCGAGACCGAGGGCGCGCUCCACAUCUGCCUCAACGAAAUCGACCGCUGCCGCCCGUUCUUCAUCGGCCUCCUCGGCGAGCGCUACGGUUGGCGCCCGGCCGCCUACGAGCUGCCCGAGGAGCCGCGCUACCUGUGGGCCAAGAAGUACCCGCAGAACCGGUCCAUCACCGAGCUCGAGAUGUUCUACGGCGCCCUCCGCUGCCCCAACGCCGCCGAGUCCUACUUCUACUUCCGUAACCCGGCCUUUGCGUCGUCGAUCACCGACGAGGCCGUGCAGGCGGACUUCUGCGCCGAGGACGCGCACGCGCAGGAGCGGCUCAAGGCCCUCAAGCAGGAGAUCCGGGCCACGUUCCCUGACCGCUCGCGCAACUACAGCUGCGGCUGGGCCGGCGUCGUGGGCGGCAAGCCGAUGGUGGACCGGCUGGAGCAGUUCGGCCGCCACAUCCUCGAGGACCUGUGGAAGGGCAUCUGCCGCACCUUCCCCGAAGUGUCGCCCCUGGGCACUGACGAAAGCCGCCUGAGCGUGGCGCGCGAGAGCCACGAGGAGUACGCCAUCUCCCGCACGCGCGUGUUCGUCGGCCGGGACGACCUCAUCAAGACGAUGACCAAGUUCGUCGACGGGGACGAGCCCGGCCCGCUGGUGGUCACGGGCGAGCCCGGCUCGGGCAAGUCGGCCCUGGUGGCCCAGUUCUCGCGCCUCUACGCCGACAAGAACUCGGAGGCGCUCGUGAUCGCGCACUACGUGGGCGCGGCCACCGAGGCGCGCGACAUCCGCCACGCCCUGCUCCGCAUCGCGCUCGAGCUCAAGGAGCAGCUGCAGCUGAGCGAGGAGGUGCCCGAGGAGGAGAAGGAGCUGCGCCAGGUCUUUGGCAGCGUGCUCGAGGCCGCCGGAUUCGCCGCCGGCGGGCGUAAGGUGGUGAUCCUCAUCGACGGCAUCAACCAGAUGGAGGCCAAGGACAAGGCGCUCGACUGGCUGCCGGGCUCGACCCGCGUGCGCAUGGUGGUCUCGACCCACGCCGACACGCCCUCGCACCACGCCCUGCGCCACCGCAAGCCGCAGCCGCCCGAGAUCGCCGUCGGGCCGCUCGAGGAGAACCACCGCAAGUCCCUCGUGCGCGCCGUGCUGGCCGAGUACCGCAAGAAGCUCGACGAGGCGCCCGGCAACAACCAGAUGCGCGUCCUCCUGCGCAAGCCCGAGUCGCACAAGCCGCUCUACCUCGUGCUCGCCUGCGAGGAGCUGCGCCUGUUCGGUCUCUACGAGCAGCUGUCCAACAAGAUCAAGACCCUGGGCGGCACCGUGCCCAAGCUGUUCGACGAGCUGCUCCACCGGCUCGAGUCCGACCACGAGAAGGAGACCCUCAAGCUCACCCUCUCCCUCCUCGUCGCCUCGCGCGCCGGCCUGCUCGAGGCCGAGCUCCUCACCAUCCUCGCCCGCGACAAGAAGAAGGAGGCCGAGCUGCCCCGCGCCGUGUGGGCCACCAUCUUCGCCGCCCUCCAGCCCUUCUUCCGCCCCCUCGGCCCCUCGGGCGAGGACGCCCUCUCCUUCUUCCACGCCCAGAUGGAGAUCUCCGUGCGCAAGCGCUACCUCUCCAUCCGCAACAACGAGCUGCGCGUCCAGAAGCAGCUGGCCAACUACUUCCUCCAGCGCGCGCGCGUGCCGUCGGGCUCCGGCAACGACGCCUGGCAGUGGGUGGACGACCGCCGGGCCAUCAGCGAGCUGCCGCACCACCUGGCCAAGGCCCAGAUGUGGGACGAGCUCGAGUCGGUGCUGUGCGACCUCAGCUUCGUCAAGCUCAAGUGCAGCCUCGGCAUGGCCUUCGACCUGCUCAACGACUACAACGAGGCCCUGGCCACCGAGCACCAGUGGGACGGCCGGGCGCGCCUCGAGCAGUUCCAGGCCUUCUUCGCCGGCAACGCCCACAUCCUGGGCCGGUACCCUGACCUCACCCUCCAGCAGGCCGCCAACCAGCCCGACUCGUCGGCGCCCGCACAGGCCGCACAGGGCCUGCUCUCGGCUGGUAGCGCCGACGGCUGGGUGCGCUGGAUCAACAAGCCGCAGGACCAGGGCGCCUGCAAGCUCACCCUCGCGUCGGAGCGCGACCCGGUGCUGGCCUGCGCCUUCUCGCCCGACGGCAAGGAGCUGGUGCUGGCCUCGCGCGACGGCACCCUCCGCAUCUGCGACGCUGCCACGGGCGCCGAGAGCGCCACCCUGCUGGGUCACACCAACUGGGUCGUGGCCUGCGCCUACUCCUACGACGGCGCACGGAUCGUCUCGGCCUCGUGGGACGGCACCCUUAAGAUCUGGGACACCCGCGCUGGCGUGGAGGUGGCCACCCUGCGCGGUCACGGCCGGCGCGUCAACGCGUGCGCCUUCUCGAACGACGGCCAGCGCAUCGCCUCGGCCUCGUGGGACUGCACCGUGCGCCUGUGGGACGGCUACUCGGGCCAGCUCCUCAAGACCUUCCACGGCCACACCAAGCCCGUCAACGCCGUCGCCUUCUCGCCCGACGGCCGCCAGAUCGUGUCGGCCUCGUGGGACUCGAGCGUCAAGCUGUGGGACGUCGAGCAGGGCACCGAGGUGCGCACCUUCUCGGGCCACUCCAAGUCGGUCCGCUCCGUCCAGUUCUCGCCCACCGGCGCACAGAUUGUGUCGACAUCGGUGGACACCACGCUUCGCGUGUGGGACGCGCGCACCGGCGAGAUCGUCACCACGCUCGAGGGCCACUCCAAGGCCGUCAACGCCUGCGCCUUCUCGCCCGACGGCCGCCACCUGGUCUCGGCCUCCGACGAUCAGACUGUGAAGGUGUGGGACGCGCUCGGUGGUCGCGAGAUCACCAAGAUGGGCGUGGCCGACAUGUCCCUCAACGCCUGCGACAUCUCGCCCGACGGCCGCCGCAUCGUCGCAGCCCUGGCCGACUGCACCGUGGCCGUGUGGGACGUGCUCUCGGGCGAGAUCGUCUUCUACAUCCGCGGGCACACGCGGACCGUCAACGCCGUGCUCUUCUCCCCCGGCGGCAGCUACAUCCUGACCACCUCCGACGACGGCUCGCUUAAGCUGUGGUCCGCCCGCGACGGCUCCCUCGCGCGCACCCUGACCGGUCACCGCGACUGCGUCAACGACGCCUGCUUCUCGCCCGACGGCGCCAAGAUCCUGUCGGCGUCCGAUGACUUCACCCUCAAGAUCUGGGACACUGAGUCCGGCGCCGAGGAGAAGGAGAUCAAGGGCCACACCAACCGCGUCACCGGCUGCGCGUGGGCGCCCGACGGCAAGCGCGUGGCGUCGUCGUCGAGGGACAACUCGCUGCGGAUCUGGAGCCCCGAGACGGGCGACGUGAAAAAGAUCUUCAAGGGCCACAUGGACUGGCUCACACGCUGUGCCUUCUCGGCCGACGGCAAGAAGGUGGUCUCGUGCUCGUGGGACUACAACAUGAAGCUGUGGGACGUGCGCGCUGGCAACGAGAUCGCCACCCUGCGCGGCCACAUGGGCGCCGUGAGCGCCGCCGCCUUCUCGGCCGACGGCAAGUACCUCGUCUCGGCCUCGCUCGACGGCACCCUCAAGAUCUGGGACCCGGUCAAGGCCCACGAGGUCACCGCCCUCCGCGGGCACUCGGGCCGCGUGAGCUGCGUGCGCUUCGCCCGGACCGGCACCACGUUCGUGUCGUCGUCGGAGGACGGCACCGUUCGGCUGUGGGACGCCGAGGCCGGUCAGGAGAUCACCACCCUGCAGGGCCACGCCGACGCCAUCCGGCAGGUCAAGUACUGCCCCGACCGCGACCAGAUCGUCUCCACCUCGGACGACUGCACGGUCAAGGUGUGGAACGCCGGCGCCCAGCGCGAGAUUGCCGGCCACUCGCAGUGGGUCACCGCCUGCGCCCUGGCCUCCUCCGCGCGCGUGCUGGCCACCGCCUCGAGGGACGGCAGCAUCAAGCUGUGGGACACGCGCACCAACCGCCCGCGCACGGCCCUCGCCGGCCACGACCAGCCGGUCAACUGUGUCGCCGUGUCGCCCGACGGCGCCACCGUGGUCUCGGCCUCGGAUGACUUCACGCUCAAGGUGUGGAGCGGCAAGGAGGGCGACCACCUCCGCACCAUGCGCCACCACACCAACUCGGUCCGCUGGGUGUGCUUCUCGCCCAACGGCGCGCGCGUGGCGUCGGCCUCGUGGGACAACACCGUGUGCGUGUCCGACCCCAGCAAGGGCACCCUGCACCUCACCCUCCGAGGCCACACGGACUGGGUCAACGCCUGCGCCUUCUCGCCCGACGGCUCGCGCAUCGCCACGGCCUCGCACGACCAAACCGUCAUCUUGUGGGACUCCACCACCGGCGCGCGCAUCCACACCUUCACCCACCACGCCAACUGGGUCGUCGCCCUGGCCUUCUCGCCCGACAGCAAGUACCUCGCGUCGGCCUCCUACGAUGCCACGGUGGUGCUCACCCACGUCGAGCGACGCACCACCCGCUCCUUCCGCCCGCACACCAAGCGCGUCAGCGCGCUGGCCUUCACCGCCGACGGCGCCCAUCUGCUCUCGGCCUCGUACGACGGCUGCAUCACGGCCCACCGCGUGGCCGACGUGCUCAGCGUCACCGAUCCGGCGCCCUCCGGCCGCUUCUUCACCAAGGCGCCCGCCACCGCCCUCUGCUCGUCGGCCUCGCUCUCCGCCGCCGGCGACUCGCUGGGCAACGUCUACCAGCUCAACUUCGAGCUCUAA